UUUAUUCAGUAAGAGUAUUCGAAUCAAACAAAAAAGUCAGACGCGUUUAAUUGUUUGAUUACUGUUCACGUAAAAUCAUAGUUUGAAAUAUAAUAUUUAAUUUAGUUACUAGAACUCAGGUUUCGAAAUCUUUGGAAAAUGUCGUCGUAUCAUUUAAGCACUAAGGAACGGUUGUUGGCCAUUGUUGAUGAUAUAGAAAUUAUUUCCAAGGAACUGAUCGAAAACACAAUUGCCCCAAAACAUCAGAAAAUGUCUAGCACCGACCACGCACAGCUUGUGGAAUUGCUUGUUUCUAAGGACAAGGAAUUAAAAUCUACUCUCCAGCUGGCAGCGGAACAGGCUGGCAUUGAGAAAAAAAUGGACAACCUUAGAGAGCAAGUUAAAAAGCAGGAUGAAGAAAUCAAUCACCUCCAAAAGCAGUUGAAGGAGGCCGAACACAUUUUGGCCACUUCCAUAUUCCAAGCUCGACAGAAGUUGACAAGUAUUAAUAAGGCUGCAAAACGGCCAGUCUCUUCCGAGGAGCUGAUCAAAUUUGCCCACCGCAUCAGCGCCUCUAAUGCCAUAUGUGCCCCGUUGACUUGGCAACAAGGCGAUCUGAGACGGCCAUACCCUACAGACAUUGAAAUGCGACUUGGAUUUCUGGGUAAAUCAGAUCUGAACAUAAAUGGACAUGCUCUGCAGAACCAGAACAAUCUCAACGAGCUGCAUCGAAAUGCGGCUGGAGCGGCAGUAGGAGCAGCAGGUGCCAGUGCCGGGGAGAUUCCUGCUUCGGCUCAAAAUCAGUUUGCUUGGCACCCGUCAGGUGAAUUGCACAUGACGAUGGGUGGUGGUGCAGGUUCAGUUUCGUUGGACACUCGGGCUCAUAAGGAUGCUUCUCAGGAUGAUGUGGAAGUUAUGUCGACUGAUAGUUCCAGCUCGAGCUCUAGCGAUUCUCAGUAGAGGUUCGAAUAGAUCUCAAUUGAACAUAGGUAAGAUCACAUGAGUUUAUUAAUACUUACAACAUAAAUCAGUUGAAUGAAAUUGAGUCUAUCAUUUUUGAGAAAUUUCAUAAGUCUUGAAAAGUGGCUCAAAAUAAACAAAGAGGGGAAAUUUCCUUCAACAUUA